UGUACUCAUAAAACCAUUUUUUUUAACAUUUUUGAAAAGUCAAGCAAGGUUGGUUCCUACUUCCUAGUUGAGGAUAAAGUUAUCCAGGAAAUUGCAAAGAAAUUAAUUCUAUCAUACACAAAUUUUUCCAUUACUCACAACUAAUCAACCUUCUUUUAUUUAUUACUUAAAACUACACUUAAAAAUCCCUUCAUAUUCAAAAUUCUUCAUGACUGCAGCCCUCCAAUCAACCCUUUAAAUUCCCACGUUUUGAGUCAAUUUGAUGGGCUGUGCCUCUUCCCCCAAUUAUUAAUUUUGUCAAUUUAAUUAGUAUUUAGACAAAUUCUAAGCACAACUUUUAAUUUUUUUUAAUUAAUUUCAUUUUAUUUUGUUGUUGUCUUUUUCUGAUUUUCUAAUUUGGGUUUUUUCGUCAGCUUGUGGGGAGUUGAUUGUUCAACUUCAAUCAGCUCAUAGUUUUUUUUGUUUCUGGGUUUUAUUUAAAUGAGUUGUUGAGUGUUUCUUAAAUUUGUUGUUUAUUUCAAGAUCUCAACCUGGGUAGUUAGUGGACUUAGACUACUUGCUUUCUUGUAUAAAUUGCUAAACAUGUCUUUUGGUCUGCUAAUCAUCUGCUAAUUUGGUUUUUUGAACAAAUUUUUUCUGAUUAUCAGAUUCUUUCCCACAAAUUCCAGCAACCAGAAUCAGAGGUAUUUUGCAAUUUUUUGGUUGGUUUUUGCAGUUUUUAUCAUAAUCUUUAGUAAAGUCAAAUACCCACAAAUUUUCUUGUGUUUGUAAAUUGAUUGGAGUUGUGUUAUUUGUCAAGAACCCUAGAAUUUGUUGCUUGAUAUUAGUAUGAUGGGAAUGGGGGAUGUAAAUGUUGAUAUGAUUUCCACAAACCCUAUGAGACGAGAGAGUCUGUUAGCAGCUCAUAAUCUUUUAAGAGAGUUGGAGGCUAAUGAUAGUCUUACUGAUGAUAUGAAAAAGAUUUUAGCAGAUCUUGACUCAAAACUGUCAGCUAUGGAAUUAACCCAUGAUAGCAACAAUACUAGUGAAUCCAUUCCAAUUUUAAGGGAGAGAGAGUUGAAUGAUGCAAAGGAGAAGCUGAAAUCUGCUCAUGAUAAGAUCAUGGCUUGGGAAUCGAACCUCGAGAGGCUCGAUAUGUUAUGGGAAUCCGGCCCUGAAAUGGCUGCGGAGUACAUAGAAGCUGUUGAGGAUGUUUUGUGUUUGGUGGAAUUGUUUAGGAGUUUGUGUAUCAAGGGUGAUGAUAACUAUGUUGUCAUCUCCCAAGCUGAGGAUGUUCUGCAAGUUGCUAUGCAGAGAUUGGAAGAGGAGUUGGUUCAUAUUCUUGCUCAGAGAAGGCAAUCCUAUGUUUUUCCGACUGUGGCGGAAGAUGAUGAGGGGGAAGAUGAUGAGGCGGAAGGAGUUGGUUGCACUACAAAGGAACAAGGGGAUAUUGUUUUUGAUUUGAUUGACCCAGAAGCAAUCCCAUUUCUGAAGACUAUUAAAAAAACCAUGUUUGAUGCGAAAUAUGAUCAGGAUUUUUGUGCAGCAUAUGUAAAAACCCAAAAGGAAGCGUUGGAAGAUUGCUUGAUUGGGAUUGGAAUGGAGACAGUUAGCAUAGAUGAGUUGGUCAAAAUGGAUUGGAACAUUAUGGCUUCCAAGAUGAAGACAUGGAUUCAAGUGAUUAGAACCGCGGUUCAAGUCUACUUUUUAGCUGAGAAGCGGUUGUGUGAUGAGAUUCUUGGGAAGUCCGAGCCACUUCAAUCGCUUUGCUUGACAAACAUCACCAAAUCCUCCAUGACUUGCCUCUUCAACUUUGGGCAUGCAAUGGCCCUUGGGCCCCACACACCCGAGAAGCUCUUCUAUCUUCUCGACAUGUACGAGGUCUUAGCAGAAGUUCAGGGGCAGAUCAAUACUCUCUUCUCUGAAGAGAGCGGCUCAUCAUACUUGAAGACUGAGUUUGAAGAAGUUAUGGGAAGACUUGGAGAUUCAGCUCGAGCAACAUUCGUUGGGUUUGGUGAAGUAAUCCUUUCUGAUCCUACAACAGACCCUUUCCCUGGAGGAGGAGUUCAUCCGUUAUCUAGUUAUGUCAUGAAUUACAUCAUAGUCUAUCUUCCUGACUACUGCGGAACUCUGAACACUCUCCUGCAGAAAAAGGAUGGAGAUGACAACAACAAUGGUGCCGUGAAUCAAGGUUUACCUGAGAAAAGUGUGUUAGCAGAUCAUCUUCGAGCAAUUGUUGCCAAAUUGAAGUUCAACCUUGAGAAAAAGUCACACUUGUACAGGGAUGUUGCCUUGCAGCAUAUAUUUCUGAUGAACAACACACAUUACAUUCAAACAAAAGUGAUAAAUUCUGAGUUACAGAAGAUAUUCGGGGAUGAAUGGAUAAGAACUCAGAUAGUGGGUUAUCAACAGCAUGCUACUAGCUAUGUGAGGUCUACUUGGAGUUCAGUGGUGGCCUCGUUAAGGGAUGAUGGAAUACCAUCAGGGUCAGGUUCAGGAGUUAAGUUGGUUCUUAAAGAGAAGAUCAGGAUUUUCAGUGUUGCAUUUGAAGAUGUGUAUAGGAGCCAAACAGGGUGGGUUAUUCGAGACGAACAGCUCAAGGAAGAGUUAAGGAUUUCCAUAUCCCAGAAAGUGAUUCUGGCAUAUCAGAGCUUCAUUGGAAGGCAUAGUAAGUAUGAUAUUGAGAAGUAUGUCAAGUAUGAUUCUGAUGACUUGGAGAAUUUGCUCAGAGAUUUCUUUGAAGGGUCACAGAAAUCUUUAAACUACCGCAGAAGAUGAGUUCAAUAUUAAGUAAAAAAUUUAAAAAGAAUGAAGUUAAUAGACAUUUUUUUCUUCUUCUUGAUUGUAGCUGUGCUCUUAGUUUCGUUUUUAUCGAGUGAGACGGUGGAUGUUGUAUGUCCUUUUUUGAUCAUGUAUUGGGUUAAAACAUAAAUACUUGUAAUUUUGAUGCAUAGGUAUUGAAUGGAAAAGAUGUAUUCCUGAACUUGUGAAAGAUAUAGUGGAAGUUUGUCUGAUUGAUGGGACAAAACUCGUAAAA